AUGAUUGCCAAAUCUUAUCCCGUCAAAAUCUUCGCGCCGGUGCCCAUGCUGGGCUAUGGCUACGACCACGUCGACUUCUGGACAACCAUCAUGGAUGAGAGCACCCGUCCCGACGCCAUCAUCAUGGACAGCGGCUCCACCGACCCGGGUCCGUACAUGCUUGGUAGUGGCCGGACAAUUGUCAGCAAGCAAGCCUUUACGCAUGAUCUUACCCCUGUACUUGAGGCAUGCGCCGAAUUUGGCAUCAAAGUGCUUAUUAGCAGUGCCGGUGGCGCGGGGACCAACGAGCAAGUUGACUUCAUGGUCGGAGUUGUACGCGAGAUCAGUGAGAAAAAGGGAUGCAGAUUCAAGGUCUCUACUAUCAAGUUCAAGGACGAUCGACAGGCCAUUUUGAAACAACUCCAGGCAGGCGCUGUAACGCCCUGUGGACCAGGUCCCGCGUUAAAAGAGGGAGAUGUAUCGGACGCUGUCGCUGUCGUCGCGCAGAUGGGGGCAGAACCAUUUAUGAAAGCAUUGGAAGAUCCGGAAGUUGACAUCAUCAUCGCCGGACGAUCGUAUGAUCCAGCACCUCUGGCAGCAUACAGCAUGCACCGCGGCGUACAUCGAGAUCCGGCGUGGCAUAUGGGCAAGAUUGUCGAGUGUGGCGGACAGUGCGCGGUCCCGAAGGGUCGUUCGAUCCUGGCAACCAUGUAUCAGGAUAGCUUCGUGCUCACACCCGUCACUCCAGGCCAGAGAUGCAUCCCUCGUUCCGUCGCCGCACACACUAUGUAUGAGAAGACUCGACCAGACAGACUUCCUGGGCCGGGCGGUGUCCUCCAUCUGGACAACGUGGAGUUCAAGCAGCUAGAGGACAAUAAGUCGAUCCUCAUCCAAGGGGCCAACUUCGUCCCUACCCCAACAUAUCAGAUCAAACUCGAGGGGGCCACACAGAUCGGCUUCCGUUCCGCCUUCAUCGGAGGGAUCCGGGAUCCGAUUCUUAUUCGAGGCAUUGAUGACUUUCUCGAACAGACGGUCCGGGCCAGGACAAAAGCAGCUUUUCCAUCCCUCGGGGAACCGGGGGGCCCACAACUGAUAUAUCACAUAUAUGGAAGAAAUGCUGUUAUGGGUCGACUGGAACCGGCCACCACAAUCCCUCAUGAAAUUGGUAUCUUGGGUGAGGUGGUUGCUGAUACCCAAGACGAGGCCGACGCAAUAGCAGGUCUUGCCAGAGUGAUGGUUCUCCAUGCUGAAUAUCCAGGACAGCUGGCAACCGCGGGCAACUUUGCUUCUCCAUUGACACCUUUGGAGCAGUCCGUGGGACCAGUAUACAAGUUCAGCAUCUAUCAUCUUAUGGACGUGGAAGAUCCGCUCAGCUUCUUCCCGAUCGAGACUUUCUCUAUUGGCAACCCAGAUGCUGCGAAGACAAAGCCGAUCCCCUCUGCACGACCAGUCCGUCGGGCUGAAGACUCGAUCGUCACAUAUCCAGAAGCUCCGAGACACAACGUGAUGAGUUCGAAACCCAGGAUCUCUGACCUCGCAGCGGUCGUCCGGUCAAAGAACUCCGGUCCGUACGAGAUCACGCUCGACAUUUUAUUCGACGAUGCCGCGCUCUGGAAGCAUGUCCGUGACAGCAACGUGCUCACCCCAAAUGUGAUGAAGACGCUGUACGGUUUGACUGACGACGACAUUUUGACGUGUAUGUUUUUUGAACCGGCUCUUGGAUGGAAAUGCACUUUUAAACGGCCCAUCAACCAGUUGCAGGGCAGUGUUGGCGAGAGGGAUACUUUCGGGACACAGCAGCAUGCACCCUUGUUGGACAUUGAGGUUCCGGCUUUGAAUGCCACCUAA